AAGCUCAAGACAGCUUGUUGCCGGAAUGGCUUCCUUUGGGUGGAAGAGGAAAAUUGGUGAGAAGGUCUCAAGAGCCACUUCACAGCAAUUUGAAGCUGAAGCUGCUGAUGAGAAGGAUGUGGUUGAGAACGAUGACGGGAACUGGCUUCAUGCCAUUAAACGUAGGAAAGAAAUUCUCCUUGAAGGCUGUUCCAAGAAAAGCAAACAGUUAAAGGACGAAGGAGCCAAUUUGGCUGAAAAUAAAAGAUAUCAGGAGGCAAUUCAGAAGUGGGAUGAAGCACUACAGUUAACGCCAGAUGAUGCUACCCUCUAUGAAAUGAAAUCACAGGUCCUGAUGUCUCUUCAUGAAAUGUUCCCAGCAGUACAUGCAGCAGAAAUGGCUGUCCAGCGAAAUCCACAUUCAUGGGAAUCUUGGCAAACUUUGGGACGUGCUCAGCUUGGAUUAGGAGAGAUAGUCCUGGCAAUCCGAAGUUUCCAAGUAGCCCUUCACAUCUAUCCAAUGAAUCCUGAAAUAUGGAAAGAAGACCUUUCUUGGGCAAGAACCCUGCAGGAGCAGCAGAAGGUAGCACAGAGGAUUAAAAAAAGUGAAACACCAUCUGAGGAAACACAUUUUUCACCAAAGUCGAUUCCUGACUAUGACUUUGAAAGUGAUGAGAUUGUUGCUGUUUGUGCAGCUAUUGCUGAGAAACAGAAGACAGUUUCAGCUAAUAAAACAAUGGUUAUUGUGUCAGCUUCUGGGACUGUAGAGACCGUAACCGAGAAGGAAGAGGGUGCCACCGCACCAGACAGCUCUGUGUUUAUCAAAGCCCGAUGAAGCAGUGUGUACAGACGAGUUGAGUCUGUCUGUUUGGUACUUAAAGUUUAACAUAGAUACAUUUACCCUGGAGAAAGAGGGCAAAACUCCUAUCUGUAAAAUAGGGUUUUCUGCUGAGGCAUAUAAAAUUAAACAGUGCUUAAGUUUAGAAUUCUCAGUGAAAUGUUUUGAUUGCUGAACAGUUUAAUUUGGAUAUAGGAAUGAAUACAUUUUAAAGAUACACCUUGAAGGGUGUAUUCUUAAAUAGUGAAAACCUUGAUGGCCAAUAGUUUUAAAAUGUUGACUUUUUGUUUUCUGAUGAAAUAUGUGAUUACUUUCCCUCUUUGAAAUUUGCUGCUUGCUUCUUCCCACUCUUUCAUAUUUCUUGCUCACCUAAGCUAUUUGUAAGUCUCCACAAUGAAUUUUACUUCACAAUGUGAAGUAAAUCUUCACACUGAAUUUCUGACAUUCAUUUUGAUUCAAAGUUAUCAUUUGCAUAUAUGUGGAAUCUUUGAAAGUCUGGUUGAAAAUGCAUGCAUUCUGAACAUUUUUUAGGUUCUUUCAUUCUAAUUAGUGCUUCUGUUUUGACCUUGAAGUCAUAACAGUGGUAGUUGUCUCCAGCAUUUGUUAGAUGUGUGAAAUACUGAUAAAUGUCAGAAUGAUGGUUUUAUUUUUAUUCAUUGUUGUGGUAGUCCUUACCACAAGUGAGUCAUUUUUAAAAUACAUAUUUUGCAGAUGUCAUAAUAAAUUGUAAUUCUCUAUUAUCCCAGUCAAAAGCGGUAUUUCUUUUUCUUAUUUUUAAGGGCCUUAAAAACCCUGAAGUUACUUAUUUCUUGCUUGUAACUUUCCAGCUGAUGAUUUAGAAUUACUUUUUCAGAUAAGUAUUUUGGAAAUAUUCAAAUGAAAAUAAUUAUAAUUUUAAAUAGCUAAAUUGUAUUCUAAAAAUAAAAAGGGUGUUAUUAUUAGAGUGCCACUGAGUGAGUAACUUAAGUAAAAAAUACAUAGAAACUGGAAUGUGAUUUAUGGUAUAAUCCCAUGACUGUAAAAUAUAUAUUAAAUAGUAGUUUAUUGAAAGGCCAUAGUCACCUUCAUAAGUAAAUACUAUCAUUGCUAAUGUGAAUUAUUAUUAUUUUUAUAUUGUAGUACAAUUAUAUGAAACUGUUGAGCACUAUUACUUCUGACAGUCAGGAAAAUGUUAUUGGUGUAAAAUGAAUUUUAUUUGUUAGAAAUGAAAGUUUGCUACUUAAUGUUAAGGAAUCUUACCUAACACUGCUGGAGCAUGUAAAUAAUGGUCUACAUUUUAAAAAAUUUUGUUUUAGUAGAAUGCUUAUAUUCCCCCCACCCCCAGAAAAUUAGCACUUGCCUUAAAAAGUAUUAUAUUUUCGCCCUAAAUUAUAUAAUCAGAAAACUAGCCCUGGUAAAACAGGUCAGUUUUAGAAUGAUAAAAAUAUUAUUUUCUUUUCUUUUAUAAGGAGUAUUCUCAAAGGACGAGGGUAGGUAGCUAGAGACUCUUCAGUACUCUGUUUUCUGUUUUUUGAGAUAGGGUCUUGCUGUGUAGCCCAGGGUAUCCUUGAGCUCACUGCUGUCCUGCUGCCUCAGCUUCCUGAGUGCUGGGCAGUAUGCUGUUUAGUGUAAUGAAUAUUUGUGUAUUUGUGUAAUUUGUGAAUAAAUAGGGGUUUUUUCCUGCAUUUUAGACUUUCCUAUUAUUUUGUGUUAGCUUUUGAAAAAUUAGGUUGAUUUACUUUGUUUCUUUCUUAUGUGAAAGUGAUAUAUAGUAAGUACCUUGAGUGAUUUCUAACACAUGAAAUGCUCAGUAAAUGCGAGCUCUAUUUAAAAAGAACUCGAAUUUGUUUGGAGAUACUUAGCCUCACUUUCUUCUGAUUUUAAGAAAGGAGAACUUCAUAAUCUUUUUCUUAUUUGAGAAGUAACUCCUUAUAUUGUAGAGCAAAUUUUUAUCAGUUGGAGAUUAUUCCAUAAUAAGGCAUAAGGCAUAAGGUCUGUCCUCAACUUCCAAAGGGGCAAAACCCAGCAUGGAGUGCAUGUAACCACUGAAUUAAGGAACCUAUUGCUUCUACUGUAUUAGCAUUGAUAGAAUAAAUUUGUCUCCUUUCUACCUAGGUAUAAGAUAUAAAAUAGUUUAGACAUAAGAUGUAGGAGAGGUGGAAGUACCAUCAUGGCCGCCUAAGUGGGAGCAAUGAGACAGAAAAGCUCCUAGAAGUCCACCCGAAUGCUUAGGUACUACAAAACAGGGAUGACAGAAAAAGCUAAAUAGAGGAAGGCAGGAAGAGAAACUCAUCAGGUUCAAAUCCAGUACAGGAGACUUGGAAAGGGAAGGUAGACUGUACAGGACCAUAGUACCCCUUCCAUCCCAAGUCCAGUGUGCACGCCAUCUUGGGAGGGUAUCUAGUGCUCUAAGGGAGAGAGCCAGUAUGGCAGUGGAAGCCAGGCCACUGGAAAAGGCUCCUAACCUUUCUGCCCUCCCCACACAGCAAGUGAGAUAUUCGCAGGCCAGCGAAUCAGAGAAACCGAAAGUGUGUGAAGUGGUUUUUUUUUUUUUUGUACCGGAGUUCGAACUCGGGUCCUUGCACUUGCACAGCAGGCAGCGAAACCACUGAGCUAAAUCCCCGGCCCCUGAAAGAUGUUUGAGAGGGCACUGGCCGGCUUUUGGAGAAGCUGAAGGCAGGUGCACAACCCCAAUUAGGGAAGAACCUAGUUCUGAGUGCUGAGAAGAGUGUAGUUCAGGGGAUAGAAGAAGGGCAAAUUCCUGGGAAAAGGAGGAAUUAAAUAUGCCCCACAGCAGACAUUCUCCCAUUCUUCCCACAAACACUAGGAGUGUUUGCACCAAUCGGAAUCCUGCUCAUUGCUCACAGCCCCCAUCGUAAGAGCCACACACCCCCAUGUGUGGGGCUGCUGAUGGCAAUAGGACCUGAGGAAGGCAGAAAGCUGAGAGUGCCGCCCUAGUGAGAGAGCUUUUAGCAGUGACCUUGGGAGAAGGCGGGUGAGGGAGAAUACAGACAGCAGCAGGAUUGUCUUGCAGGAAAGGAGCAGGGGUUAACAGAGACGUGGGAAAGAAAAAAUGUGAGAAAAGGAAAAACAUGGAAACAAAGUCUUUGUAAAUAGGGAAGGGUGGAGGGUUGAAGGGAGGCCAGGGCAAUGGGGAAAAAAUAAGAACAAAGAUACAUCAUGUAAAGGUACAAGAUCCCCAUGAUGAAUGUAACUAUUGUAUACCUAAAAUGCACCAGUAAACUUAAUGGGAAAAAAAAGAGAGAGAGAGACCUGGUGGAAACCAGUGAAAACUGGGUAAUAAAUCAAUCACACUGCACUGUCUAUCCAUCCUCUGAUUAUCUAAGGGAGUUGAUAUUAAGACAAAGGCAGUGGACUACAGUUUUGGAAGUAUGGCCAUUUUGACUAUAUUGGUUCUGCCUAUUCAGGAACAAGGGAUAUCUUUUCAUUUUUUAAUAUCCUCUUCUGUCCCCCUUUUCAGAGUACUGUAGUUUUCAUUGUAAAGGUCUUUCACUUCCUUGGUUAGGUUAAUUCUUAGGAAUUUUUUUUGAUGCUAUGGUGAAGAAUAUUGUUUCCCUAAUUUCUUUUUUGGUGAAUUUAUUAUUGAUGUAUAGGAAUGCUACUGAUUUUUGUAUGUUGACUUUGUAUCCUACUACGUAUCCUGCUUAAUGAAUUUGAGUAUUAAUUCUAGAAGUCUUUUGGUAGAUUCUGUUUUUUGUUCUUCUAUUUAGAGGAUCAUGUCAUUUCCAAAUAAUGAUAAUUUGACUUCUUCCUUUCCUAUACAUAUCCCUUUUAUUUUUUUCUCUUGUCUAAUUGGUCUGGCUAAUGUUUGGAAAACUAUAUUGAACAUUAGUGGUGAUAGCAGACAUCUUUAUCAUCUUCCUGAUUUUAAAAGAAAAGCAUUCAGUUUCUUUUCUUUUUAUAUGAUAUUGGUCAUUGGUUUGCCAUAAAUGACUCUUACAGGAUUGAGAUAAGUUCCUCUAAUACCUAUUUUCUUCAUUUUUUAAAAAUCAUGAAUGGAUAUUGGAUUUUGUCAAAGGCUUUUACUGCAUCAUCGAGAUGAUCAUCUGGUUUUUGUCCUUUCUCUUAUUUACAUGAUGUGUUCCAUUUAUUGAUUUGUAUUAAAGAGUUUGAGGUGUUUUGACGUUAGAGCUUCCCCUGAGUUCUUGUAGAAUUCAGUAGCGAAUCCAUUGGGACCUAAGAAAACUUAGUAUUUGGUAGUUUUUUUUAAUUGCUUCUUGAAUCUCAUUGCCUUGAUUGUGGAUUAUUCAGAGAUUUUAUGCCUUAUUGAUUCAACUUUGCUGGUUCAUAUGUAUCUAGGAAUCUAUCAAUUUCGUCUGCAUUCUCCAUUUUAUUAGAAUACAAGUUCUCUAAUGUCUCAUGUGCUGAUCAGAAGAAUGUGUAUUCUGUUUUUGUUGGGUGGAAUACUCUGUUGAUAUCUAUUAAGACCAUUUGUUUGAAGGGUUGAUUCAAUCAGUAUGAUUAUGUACUCUCUUUUGCUAUGUCUCCUUUUUAUGGUAUUAUUUCUCAGAGUAGUUACUAAUAAUUUUUUGUGUUUUGGCAGAAUCCUUUGUGAUUUCACCUUUUUCAUUUCUAAUUGCAUCUAUUUGGGUAUUUCCUUUCCUUUUUUUGAUGAGAUUGACUAGGGGUUUGUCAGUUUUGUUUAUUCUUUCAAAGAACCAGCUCUUUGAUUCUACACUUGGUCUUAGCCAAAAGGCCAAGAAGUGAUUGAUUCAUUGAUUCUUUCUAUUGAUUUUAGUCUCAAUUUCAUUAAUUUCUGCUCUGACCUUUAUAAUUUACUUUCUGUACUAGCUUUGGAUUUGGAUUGUUGUAGGACCCUGUGAUACAUCACUGGGUUAUUUAUUUGAAUUUGUUCUGCUUUUCUGAUAUGGGCAGUCACAGCUAUAAACUUUUCUCUAAAGACUGCUUUCAUUUUGUCCCAUAGGUUCCAGUAUGUUGUACUGGCAUUAUCAUUUGAUUCUAGGGACUGUCUAAUUUCUUCUACGACCCAUGGAUUAUUUAAGAGGGUAUUGUUUAAUUUCCAUGUGUUUGCAUAAUUUCUUUUGUAAUUUUGCUUUGAUUACUAGUUUCAUCACACUGCGAACUAUUAAUAUGCAUGGGAUAAUUGUGAUUCAUUUGCAUUUACUUAAGCGUGAUUUAUGAGCUGGCAUGUGGUCUAUUUUGGAGAAAGUUCCAUGUGCUGGUGAGAAGAAUGUUUUUUCUGUUGUUGGAUGGAAUACUCUGUAGAUACCUAUUAAGUCCAUUUGUUUGUAGGUUUGAUUCAAUCAGCAUGAUUAAAUACUCUCUCUUGGUAUAAGUAUCCUUUGUCUGGUCCCAUUUCUGGAAGGUAAUUAUGAGAUAAUAAUUUUAGCAGUGUAGUGUCAGCUUUUAUUGUGGUGGAAAAAGGGUAUGAGGUGGAGGGAGUGGCCAGAGAGUAAAUAUCACAGCUUAUUUUGUUCUGAAAUUUGUACAAGCAGUUCUAUACUUUGGCUUAUACUUAAAAGCAUAACCAAGGAAAAAGAUUUCAGCCUUGUUUAGUCAUCUGUUCCAUAAUUAUUUGUACAACUUUACAACUAUGUAAUGCAAAGGUAGUUUUUUGGAGUGUUGCUAUUUCUUGCCAUGAGACACUGUUGAGACCAUUUAGAGAGCUUAAGAUUUUCUAUGCAGGAAAGCUCUUAUUCUUAGGAAAAAUGAAUGUUUUGUAUAACAGAUUUUUCUGUAUUAAUAUUUGAGGCCAAAAAACAUCACUAACAGUAAAUAGUGUGUCUGUAUUUUCUGUGGCCCUUUGUGUUUGUAGAAAACCUAUGGAGGGCCAGGGAUUUAGUGCAGUGGUUUCAGCACCUGCCUCGCAAGCGCAAGGUCCCAAGUUUGAUCCCCGGUACCAAAAAGAAAAAAGAAAAAAAAAAAAAGAUAACCUGUGGAAAGGGCUACUUUCAUUUGUGAAAGACUCGACCCUGUGGUCUCCUGGACAAAGCACCACUUGAAUAAAACUGGCCAUUUCACUACCUUUUCUCACACAAUCGACACUAUUGAUUAGAUUGUAUCAAAGACUAUGAGAUGGUGUAAAAAUUUCCUUCUUGUCUGCUAUAUCCUAUAUGGACCAGAUACGACUCAAUGCCAGCCAGACAGUAAGAACUUCCUUGCAUAGAAAAUUUGAGGCUCUCUAAAUGGUCUGAACAGUGUCCUGCAGCAUUAAAUACCACUCCAAAAACCAUCUUUUCACUACGUUGUUGUUAAGUUGUACAAAUAAUUAUGGAAUAGAUGACUAAAUGAGAUUGAAGUCUUUUUCCUUGGUUAUGCUUUUAAGUGUAAGCCAGAGUAAACAAUAAAAUGAACUGAACUGUAUAUUCCUUAGAUUUGUUUGUUGAAGUUGUAGUUUAGGUCAAGGGGAGACCAAACCAGAGGGUAGGGAAAGAUGGACGAGGGAUGUGCACACAUGGAGAAAAGGUCAUUUGAGGACACAUUGAGAAAUGCCAUUUGCAAGCCAAGGGGAGAGGCUUCAAAAGAAAUCAGCCCUGCUGUUAUUGUCACUUUGAUCUUGCACGUUUAGCCUCUGGAACUCUAAGAAGAUAGACCGUUGUUUAAGCCACUCAGUCAGUGGUGCUUUAUUGUAGCAGCUUUAACUGAUUAAUGCACACAUAAUUCAAUUUAAAAAUGGACACAGGUGGGAAGAUAUACAAUUAGAUAUACAAUUCCCAA